AUGGCCGCCGCCGACGGUGCUGACACCAUGACUCUCGAUGACUACACCUUCCCAACCACCCGCCUCCGCCGCCGUAUCACCUCCCCCGAUCGCACACCCCUCGUGCUCAUCGCCUGCGGCUCCUUCAGCCCCAUCACCUUCCUCCACCUGCGCAUGUUCGAAAUGGCCGCCGACUACGCCCGCUUCAACACAAAUUUCGAAGUCGUAGGCGCCUACCUAUCCUGCGUCGGCGAUGCAUACAAGAAGACCGGUCUGGUGAAAGCCGAGCACCGAAUCAACAUGUGCAGUCUAGCAAUAGCACAAAGCAGCUGGAUCUCGGUCGAUCCGUGGGAGGCGUUGCAUGAGGAGUAUCUUGAGACGGCGAAAGUGCUGGAUCAUUUCCACCACGAGAUCAAUGAAGUCAUGGGUGGGGUGGAGACGCCGACGGGCAAGAAGCAGGCGAGGAUUUGUCUACUGGCGGGCGCGGAUCUGAUCCAGACGAUGAGCACACCCGGCGUCUGGGCUCCGAAAGAUAUCGAAUACAUCCUCAAGAACUUUGGCGCCUUAAUCGUCGAGCGCACAGGAACCGACAUAGACGAAGCCCUCUCCACCCUCCAACCCUACAAAUCCAACAUUUUCGUCAUCCAACAACUCGUGCAAAACGACAUCUCCUCCACCAAGAUCCGCUUGUUCCGUAGAAGGGACAUGAGUAUCCGAUAUCUGGUCCCAGAGCCCGUGGUCAACUAUAUCGAGGAGAAUAUGCUUUAUGACGAGGAUGGGGCGGCGAGUACAGGGAGUGAGAAGGGGAAGGGCAGGGCAAUGGAACCGAAUGGCGCUGCUAGUGGUGGUGGGUAG